AUGAACUGCUACUGGUUUAUAGACCUGUACGACGAGAACUGGGGCCGUCAGCGGAUUGAGGAAACCCUGGAUGCCGCACAGCGGCUGGGGAUCAGCGUGAUUCGCACCUGGGGUUUCAACGACGGGCUGCCCAAGCGGCGCUUUGUCUAUGACGCCCGGCAGCUGGCCGGCCUCGACUGGACGGUGUACGCCGCCAAGCGGCGCGGCAUCCGCCUACUCCUGGCAAUCGGCAACCUGUGGGCCGCAUACAAGGGGCCUGAGGAGUUCUUAGCGCAGGCCACGGGGAGCGCAGUCUCGAAGGACGUCCUGGAUUUCUACACUGACCCCCGCGCCCUCACUCUCUUCAAACACCACAUCUGGGUGCUGACGUCGCGCGUCAACCCAUACACCGGCGUGGCCUACAAGGACGAGCCGGCCAUCCUGGGGUGGUCCCUCUUCAACGAGCCACGCUGCCCGGGCUGCAUGCAGCCGGCUCAGCAGGCGGCCCACAAGUCUUGGCUGCGUCAGGCGGCCGCGUUCCUGCGCCGUGUGGACCCGCUGCACCUCAUCAGCGCAGCAACAGAGGGCUUCUUUGUCCGCAACGACACCACUAACUAUCACCUCUACAACCCUGGACCUGGCACGCAGUGUGAUGGGGAGGACUGGCUGGCGAUCAACGCACUGCCAGAGUUUGACUUUGCCUCUGUUCACGUUUAUGAGCGCCACUUGGAGCUGCGACCAAAGCCGACAGACCAGCCAAACGGUGGCGACUGGCCAGCCUGGAACUUCUGCGGCUUUGACUGCUAUAUUGAGUGGUUCAAGGUAUACAUGGGCCUGCACAUCCAGCUGGCCGCCUCGCCCCUGGGCAAGCCCCUGGUCAUGGAGGAGUUUGGCUCCACAUGGUGGAAAGCGAGCCCUGAGGACCAGAAGCUGCUCUUCAAGUUGACCUUUGACUGGGUCGCGCAGCAGCAGCGCACCGGCGGCCCGCUGGCGGGUGCCAUGUUUUGGAACGGUGCACACAAUGACAGCGGCGACUACGACGGCUACAACGUGUACAUCGACCGCCCAGCCUCCACCCUCCCCGCCUCUCACCUCCCGCCGCCCCCGGCCGCCUGGCUCGCGUCACCCCCCAUGCUGAGCCCUGAGACAGCCAAGGCUCAGGUUGACGCCGCCACCACAUUUUACACGCAGCUGGGGCAGCCUCCGCCCCCCAACGAUGUGGUGUUCCCGCCCACGGCGCUGCCCGCUGAUCUGGCUGAUCUCGCCGCCGCCUUGAACGCCCUGCCGCCGCCGCCGCCAGUCAUCGCGACGCCGGCGGCUGCUGUGCUCAAGCUGAACGCAACCAACGCAAGCCAGACCCUCGCGGCUAAGCCCUUGCCCGGCGCGCUGGCAGCAGUGCCUGUACCAGCGACGGCCCUUCCAAAGGGGUCAGUUCCCAGCCUUUUUUCAGCAGCUGCUGUGCCAGCCACCGCUGCGCUCCUGCCUGCUGCUGCGAGCCCUGUCACAGUGCCAGCCGGCCCCGCCUCGGCAGUGGAAGCGCCGGCGGCUGGGGCCGUUGCGGGCUCGGCCGGCGGCACCGCCUCUGCUGGGGCGCCGGCCCUGCCGCCGCCCGCCGCAGGCGCAGCAGCGGCUCCUGCGCUGCAGGGCGCCACUCCUGCACAAACGGCGCCCGCGCCGCUGCCAGGCGCAGCUGCCGUCCCGCUGCCGCCGGCUUCAGGCCGCCGGCGGCUGUCGGCAGCGCCAGGCGUGAGCGCGCUGAUGCAUCAUGCCCAUGGGACCGUCGGCUCAGCAGGCGCUGUGCGGCGCCGCAGCCUGCUGGUGGUGGAAGAUCAGCUGGAUGCAUUCAGGCGUGGCGGCUGGCGCGCCGCGUGCGCCGAGGAGGCUGCGAAGACCUGGCGCCCCUACAGGCUGUUCAACCUGACAGACACGGUCUCUGGCGACGCGGCCCUGCAGGCGGCCAGGGGCAGGACCGUCGUCGCCGUGAUCAGCGAGGGGACGGCGGCGCUCAACCAGGGCCGCGACGGCGCCCCCGUGGCGGCGGCCGGGCCGGCGCCGGCGCCGGCGCCGGCGCAGGCGGCGGGAGGGCCUGGGGCGGGUGCGCAGGCCGGGGCCCAAGCGGCCGGGGCUUGA